GAGAUGGCUGUCCGAGCACUGAAGCAGACAGGGAGCAGAAGUAUUGAGGCAGCUCUGGAGUAUAUCAGUAAAAUGGGCUACUUGGACCCUAGAAAUGAGCAGAUAGUCCGUGUGAUUAAGCAGACCUCACCAGGUAAAGGUAUUGUGCCAAAUAACGUAACCCGCCGGCCCAGCUUCGAGGGAUCGAAUGAAUCUUUUCCGUCCUACCACCAGAUGGGGAACGCCGCCUACGAAGGACCGGCCUUCGGAGCAGAGGGAGCGAACCUGCUCCCGGACGUCGCCAGGCCCUACCUGGACUACCUACUCCCUGCGUCGCAGCCCGCGGCCUUGGGCGCCGCCGUGCAGCGGGCCCCCGCUGUGGGCACCCCCACAAGCCACCAGCCAAAAACGUUCCCGGCCGGCGUGGAGCCCGCCGUGCUGCCCUACGCCGUGGGCAACGCCGGCAGCGCGGCCCUGCAGCUGCAGCCCCCGCACGGCUCCAGCAGCCCCCACUACGGCCGGCAGCACAUGCUGGUGCAGGGGGAGCCCAUGGGCUACGGCGUCCAGCGGAGCCCCUCCUUCCAGAACAAGAUGCAGCAGGAGGGGGGAUACUCCAACCUCCCAAGUAAGGGGGCCGUGGUUCAGAGUAACUCUGGUCAUGCAUUUCAGCAGGCGCCAGCGGGCCUGUACAUGGCCCAUUCUCACCACAAGCAGACGAGCCCUUCCUCUCACCCAAUGCACGUGAUGCCCAGAGGCCCRGCGUUCGCUAACGAUUUUUCAGACAGUCCCCCACAGAAUCUGAUAACUCCGUCUAGAAAUAGCCUCAAUAUGGACCUCUAUGACAUGAACAACCCUCAAGUUCAGCAGUGGCAGGCGGCCACCCCGUCGCGCCGGGAUUCUUUGCAAAACCCGGGAAUGGAAACGUCUCCACGGCAGCACGUAUCCUUCCGGGCCGAUGCUGCGGUGCCAAGCAGGACCAACUCCUUCAACAGCCACCAGCAGCAGCCACAAGUGACUGUGUCUAUAAGACAGGUGCCUCCAGGCAAGGCCGACCCUGCCAUUACAUCUCCCAACACCAUCACGGCGGUCACGUCUGCUCACAUCCUGCAGCCCGUGAAGAGCAUGCGGGUGAUGAGACCCGAACCCCAGACCGCYGUGGGACCUUCCCAUCCGGGCUGGCUGCCUGCCCAGGCCCCGGCCAUGGAUGGCUUGGAGAUCAUGGAGCAGCACGUCCCCRCUGUGGGAGCGACCGGCACCUACCAACUGGAUGUGGAUUACGGUACCCAGGAGCUGCGGUGUCCUCCGCCACCCUAUCCCAAGCAUCUCUUGCUGCCCGGGAGCCCUGAGCAGUUCGACAUCAACUGCUUGUGCGUGGGUGUGGAGCAGACCCUGCGCGUCGCCCCACCGGGCUCCAAGGUGGAGGAGAGCUGUGAGCGCAGUGACAAGAGCAGCAAGACCCCCAAGGCUGACAAGGCAGGCAAGGAAAAAAAGCAGAUUCAGACGUCGCCGGUGCCCGUGCGGAAAGGCGGCAAGGAUGAGGAGAAGCGGGAAUCCCGCAUCAAGAGCUACUCGCCCUUUGCCUUCAAGUUCUACAUGGAGCAGCACGUGGAGAACGUCAUAAAGACCUACCAGCAAAAAAUUAACAGGAGGCUGCAGUUGGAGCAAGAAAUGGCCAAAGCUGGCCUUUGUGAAGCAGAACAGGAACAAAUGAGGAAAAUCCUCUACCAAAAGGAGUCCAACUACAACAGGCUUAAGAGGGCCAAAAUGGACAAAUCCAUGUUUGUGAAAAUCAAGACUCUGGGCAUCGGCGCGUUCGGAGAAGUGUGCCUGGCCUGCAAGGUGGACACCCACGCCCUGUAUGCCAUGAAAACCCUGCGCAAGAAGGACGUGCUGAACCGCAACCAGGUGGCCCACGUCAAGGCAGAAAGGGACAUCCUUGCCGAGGCCGACAACGAGUGGGUGGUGAAGCUCUACUAUUCCUUCCAGGAUAAAGAGAACUUGUACUUUGUGAUGGACUACAUCCCUGGUGGGGACAUGAUGAGCCUGCUCAUCCGCAUGGAGGUCUUCCCGGAGCGCCUGGCCAGGUUUUAUAUUGCCGAGCUCACUUUGGCUAUAGAGAGCGUGCACAAAAUGGGCUUUAUUCACCGAGACAUCAAGCCUGACAAUAUCCUCAUCGACCUGGAUGGACAUAUCAAACUGACCGACUUCGGGCUGUGUACUGGGUUCAGGUGGACUCACAAUUCCAAAUACUAUCAGAAAGGGAGCCAUAUCAGACAGGACAGCAUGGAGCCCAGCGAUCUUUGGGAUGAUGUCUCCAACUGCAGAUGUGGAGACAGGCUCAAGACAUUGGAACAACGAGCUAAGAAGCAGCAUCAGAGAUGCCUAGCGCACUCCUUAGUUGGCACUCCUAAUUAUAUUGCUCCUGAAGUCCUGCUUCGGAAAGGAUACACUCAGCUUUGUGACUGGUGGAGCGUUGGUGUCAUCCUCUUCGAGAUGCUAGUGGGGCAGCCUCCUUUUCUGGCUCCUACACCCACAGAAACCCAACUGAAGGUGAUAAACUGGGAGAGCACGUUGCACAUUCCCUCGCAGAUCAAGCUGAGCCCCGAGGCGACCGACCUCAUCACAAAGCUCUGCUGCGCUGCCGAGGACAGGCUGGGGCGAAACGGGGCGGACGACAUCAAGGCUCAUUCUUUCUUUCACUCCAUGGACUUCUCUACGGAUAUCCGGAGGCAGCCAGCUCCCUACGUUCCCAAGAUCAGCCAUCCGAUGGACACGUCCAACUUCGAUCCGGUUGAAGAGGAGAGCCCUUGGAGCGAGGCCAGCGGUGACAGCGCGCGCACGUGGGAUCCCUUGGCCUCGUCCCUUGGCAAGCACACGGAACACGCCUUCUACGAGUUCACUUUCCGCAGGUUCUUCGAUGACAACGGGUACCCCUUCAGGUACCCCAAACCUUCCGGCGUGGAAGGCGGCCAGCCCGACAAAUCCGAGGCGGAAAACAAGGAUCUGGUGGAGCAGACUGGAGCCUGUCAGCCUGUAUAUGUGUAAAUUAUUGUAUAGAGUACUCCGGAUAGGCCCCAUCUCCAAUCCAGAAGGGCCUUCAACUGAUCCUUUAGGGUCUGAUCCUGCAACCCGUGUUCGGGGGUUAACGUUUUCAUGAAGCCAUCGUGGGGGGGUGACAUUUUGCAGGGCCAGGGCCUCAGAUUGGCCCUCUUGGAAGUUCAGGUCAGUUUUACUGUAAAUAACUGUUGAUAACUACACUUGAAAUGCUGGUCUGCACCAAAAUCUGCAGGAYCAGCAGCCUGUCAUUUCUAGGCCCGUCUCUGUUGGAGUUUCAGCGUCCCCCUACUCUGGUUCACAUUUACAGACUUCUGCAACGGUCAGCGUUAUUUUUUAAAUGAAUAAAGAGCACUUAUAUUUUGUUUAUAGCAGGGUUUUUUUUCUCCUACUAAAUUAUAGCGAUUAACUUUGACAAAUCAUGCUGCUGUUCUUCUUUUCUACAUUUUUAUUUUAUCCAUAGCACUUAUUUCACAUUUAGGAAGAUGCGUAAAGCUGAAGAACAUGUGAUGAAAGGUCUCUGUGCAAUAAUGUAAGAAAGAAAAAGAAAAAAGAAGAAAAAAGACAAAAAAAAAGGAAACUCUGCUCUCUAAUUCCCUGAAUUUGCUGGUGCCAUUGUAUUCACACCGUGGUUUGUUUCUGUUGUUACUCUGUAUUUUCCACAUUUCAAAAUUGUGACAUACCCUGAAAGCUGCUUUAUUUCCUUCCGCUUAUUGGAGUGUAUUAGCAAGCGUGAGCAAGUGCCAAUUUGGGUGUGCUAUUUCCUUGUCUAGCGUGUGAAGGAUGUUGCAUGAGCAGUGGUUUUCUCUUGGAAAUGGCCUUUUUCUUGCCCUUCCCAGGCAGGUCCUGCGGAUCCGUUUUUCCUAAGGGUCUCAAGGUAGACCGGUGUAAGCAGUGUGCUGAUAAUGUAGCGUGUGGGUGGUUUCCUCUUCCRACUGUAUCCAAUAUUCAUUGUCUGCAACAGGCUGCCGACGUUGUGCCCAACACCCGCCUGGCAGGACAGGCUGCCC